AUGGGAGCUACAGGCGUACUUGCUACACACUGUGUUAUCUUGUGCUUCCUUCGUAAGGAAGCACUGAGUUCAGAACAAUUCACAGUGACUGGCUUACAGAGGCCAGUCCUGGCCUCAUUGGGUGGAAAUGUUGACUUGAGUUGUCAGUUGUCUCCACCACAACAAGCACAACAUAUGGAGAUUCGUUGGUUUCGGAAUCGCUAUACAGAGCCUGUGCACCUGUACAGGAAUGGUAAAGACCUGCAUGGGGAAACUAUCUCCAAGUAUGUGGAGCGGACUGAACUCCUGAAAGAUGCCAUUGGAGAGGGGAAAGUGACCCUCAGGAUCUUUAAAGUGACUGCUGAUGAUGAUGGGUCAUACCAUUGUGUUUUCAAAGUUGGGGAGUUUUAUGAAGAGCAUAUCACAGAGGUCAAGGUCACAGCCACAAGUUCAGACAUCCAGAUUCUCAUGCAUCCCCCUAAUAUCAAAGGUGUGGUGUUGGAGUGUCAUUCAGGAGGUUGGUUCCCACAGCCUCAUAUGGAAUGGAGAGACAGCAAGGGAAAGGUCAUUCCAGCUGCAUCGAAAUCCCAUUCACAGGAUGAAAACAAAUUGUUCAACAUGACAAUGACCCUUCUUAUUGAAGCCAGCUCUUACAGGAAUGUCACUUGCUAUCUUCAAAACCGUCUAACUCACCAAGAAGAAAACAUAAGCAUUGUCCUAUCAGGUAAACUCUUUUCAUGGAAAACUGUUUGGAUAAUGAUUCUGACUACAACAGGAUGCAUGCUGAUAGUCUUCUGCAUGAUUUAUUGUGUUCAGCGUCAUGUCAUAAAUGGUAGCUUCUCUGAGGAAAUAUGCUAUUGGUUAAAGUGUGCAAUGGUACUCAUGUUUUCAGUGCUUGCAGUUACAGUAGUCAUGCUAUUUUUGCACCGAGAUCAAAGAGCCCAAGUUUCAGAUCAACACUUUGAAUUGAACACUUUGUGGCUUGAAGAUAUUAGUGUGAUCCUGUGUGUGCUGAUAGUGUUUAUCAUCAAGCUCAUUUCAUUUAUUUACUUCAGAUUAGAAGGUAAAUAUGAUGGUGAUGGUAGCAACUUAGAAAAUCUGUUUCAUGGGACUAAUGCACAGAUGUCUAGAGGGUGA